CGCAUCUUCGCAGCACAACAAACUCACGUGCGGAGGAAUCCGGAGACCAGACGGCCUUUGUUCACCGCGGCGGCCUCACCAUGCCUCUCUUCGCCCGGCUCGUCGCGAUUUUCUCAUUGCUUUGCCUUGCGUUCCAUUAUUCGAACGGAGGUCGCAUUGUGGGUGAAGGAGCAACUCCUCUGAACGUCAUUGGCGCGUUGAGUCCCAUUCACGACGCCUUGCUGACCUUUGACCCUCGCAUGAGUGCCGUCGUCCUUCCGCUCUCCUCUCCAGCCUACGUUUUCAGCCCUCCCAGGGUCUACAUCGCUCACCCUGAAACUCUGCGCAAGUUUUCCAUCCCCACAUCGCCUGGAAAUUCUUUCGAGCCUCGUCCGAAAGCUGCAACAACAGAAAUGCCAACAACGCGAAAGAGCAUUUCCGUGGCCAACCCGAAUUUCGUGGUGAAAAAAGUCGUUUCCAGUCCUGCAGCUUCCGAGGCCAAUUUUCCCUCUUCGCAGGGCAGAAAUUUCAAGGGCAGGGCGGAAAAUGGUGGCGAUGGGCAAGAUGCCGUCAGGCAGAUCCAGGCUUACAGCAAACCAGUGACCAUCCCUGCUUCUGGAAGGGCGCUUUUCUCCAAAAUGAAUCUUGACGGUUCCUACCAUUUCGGAUAUGAUACAGGUUCAGGUCAACACCAAUCCUACAGGGAAGAAAAACGUUUUCCUGGGGGUCGUAUUGAAGGGAAAUACGGCUACGUUGAUCCGGACGGGGUGCUCAGGGUUGUCGAGUAUGUUGCAGAUCAAAGAGGAUACAGGUCUCGUUUGACGACAAGAAACGUGAAUAGUGGCGGUUCCUUCCCAUUCAUAGGCCCGAUUCCGUCUCCGCUUCUGGCAAGGGCGAGAAGUGCUGCGAACGCUGCCAGGUGAUGACAACAUAAUAUUGCACCUUCCGUGAUCUCGAAAUGACUUUGAAUCAAAUAUAUGCAAUUUUGUCAAUUUUGCUCAUGAUAAUUUAUUUGUUUUUUUUUUAAUCAAUAGAAAUCAAUUAUUAAAAUUAAGACUUUGAUAGCUUUAACUACAAACAGAGGGAGGCGCUGAAUAAAAAAAGCAGUCUUGAUUGACUUCAUA